UUGUAAUCCACAAAAAGCUUUCCCCGCCAUUUGCUUUUCACAAUUUCUCUCAUUUCCCUGUUUCCCAAUUUAUUCCCCUAGGGCUUUACAAAUUCCAAACCCCUCUGGACUAACCCUCACCAAGAGAGUAAGAAAAACCCUAAUUCCCUCCAAAACACCCUCCGAUUUCUACCUUAUUACGAGCUCCACUCCUUCAUGCCCUCGCGCUGCCAAUUGCGGACUCACCGGUUCACCAAUCGAUGAGCAAUCCAAUCGUUCCCGGUUCUUUGGUUUCGGCCUCCGGCUCUGGCUCCGGCUGGGGUCACCGAGGCAUCGGCCUCUCCAACACCAUACACUCCGAAGUCGCGCCGUGCUUGCCUUUGCCCUCGCUCCCGGUCUUCUGCGGCGCCUCUAAUCAGGACCUCCGACUCUUCGACGAGCCUGGCCGUGGUAGCUUCAGCUCGCUUGACCGCAGUGAGGUUCUUGCUCAGUCCAGUAGAAUCGCUGAUCUGCUACGCCAAACCGAUGUGUCUUACUUGAAUCUCAAAAAGGAUGCAAGGGUAGUUUCAUAUGGCUAUGCGGAACCUUUAGAACUACAUGACCAAGUUUUGCAAUGCCAUCCAGAAGCAUUUGAGUGCAGUACUGCAGGUCCUAUUAAGGAGCAAAUAUCUAGCGGUACGGUAUCAGAAAAGAAGCCCUUUGAACAAAGUGUGCCUGUCACAGUUCAAGCUCAAAGAGGCAAUAGUGCUGCUCACAAUUAUCAUACUGACUAUGUUGUUACCAAUCAUGUAUCAACAUCGUCUUCUAGAAAACCAAAACUCAAGAAGAAAGGUGGCGAUGACUUCUCAUCAUCAGUUGGACCGGAUCAUGCUGAGAUUCAAGAUGCCACCAUCGGAAGCUUUUGUGAGUUGUUAGAGGACUUCUGUGGUAGAGCUGAAAUUCCUAGUGAUGAUCGGGAUGAAGCAGAGUGGUUAUCAGUUCCUCUUUCUGAUCUUAGAAUGCUUGUAACUGAAAUAAUGUCUAUCCGUGCAAAGAAACUUCUACAUUUGGUUCCUGUAGAUGUUCUUGUUAGGCUGUUAAAGGUUCUAGAUCAUCAGAUACAUCGAGCAGAAGGCUUGUCAAUAGAUGAAUGCGAGCACUCAGAUUCAGAUAUAGUUUUAUCGAUCUUUUGUGCUCUGGAGUCUAUUCAUGCUGCUCUAGCAGUGAUGGGUUACAAUGAAAUGCAAAAGCAGCUAUAUAAAGAAGAGAUAAUUGAAAGAAUUCUGGAGUUCUCUAGGCAUCAGAUUAUGGAUGUUAUGUGUGCGUAUGAUCCAUCAUAUCGUGCUUUGCAUAAACCAAGCGAAAAUGGAGAAUUUGAAGGUGAUGAAGAUGAAGAGCCUGGUCCUGAAUUUGGUUCGGCAAGUAAGAAGCGGCGUAGCGUUAAGACAGUUCGAGUGAAGAAGUCAUCAUUAAACAAGGUCUCUGCUGCAAUGAAUACCAUUCUUCAGAAAAUGUGCACUAUUCUUAGUUUACUCAAGGAUUUAUUGUUAAUAGAGAGAUUAUCUGAUAGUUGCAUCUUACAACUUGUGAAAACGAGCUUCACGACAUUCUUGGUGGAUAAUAUCCAACUCUUGCAACUGAAGGCAAUUGGUUUAAUUAGUGGGAUAUUCUAUUCAUAUACACAGCAUCGUACUUAUGUGAUAGAUGAAAUACUUCAGCUGCUUUGGAAGUUACCAUCCUCAAAGCGAGCAUUAAGAUCCUAUCACCUGCCUGAUGAAGAACAAAGGCAGAUUCAGAUGAUAACAGCUUUGCUGAUUCAGUUGGUUCACUGUAGUGCAAACCUUCCUGAAGCUUUAAGGCAAGCAACAAGUGGCAAUCCCAUUUUAGAAGUCUCAAUUGAUUCUAGUUACCCAACCAAAUGUCAAGAGUCAGCCACAGAGGCAUGUUGUCUUUUUUGGACCCGUGUGCUUCAGCGUUUUGCAAGUUUGAAGACUCAAGAUGCAUCUGAGAUGAAAGCAAUGAUGGAGAAUCUUGUUAUGGAUUUGCUGACAACAUUGAAUUUGCCUGAAUAUCCUGCUUCAGCUCCUAUUUUGGAGGUUCUGUGUGUCUUGUUACUCCAGAAUGCUGGGCUGAAAUCUAAAGACAUCUCUGCACGUACAAUGGCCAUUGACCUUCUUGGUACAAUAGCUGCGAGAUUGAAGCGUGAUUCGGUGCUUUGCAGGAUGGACAAAUUUUGGAUACUACAGGAAUUGGAUAGUGCCAGUGAUGUUGAUCGCAGUUAUCCAAAAGGUUCGUGUUCUAUUUGUUUGGAUGGAAGGGUUGAAAAGUUGUUCUUUACAUGUCAAAGUUGUCAGAGGUUGUUUCAUGCUGACUGCAUGGGUGUAAGAGAGCAUGAAGUUCCUAAUAGAAGCUGGCAGUGUCAGAUUUGCAUCUGCAGGAAGCAACUUCUCGUAUUACAAUCAUACUGUAAGUCGCAAUGCAAGGAUGGUGGGAAAAAGACUCACAAUUUGUCAGAAAAGAACCCUGAAGCUUCUGAGACAAUUGCAAAAGUUGAAAUUGUUCAACAGCUGCUAUUGAAUUACCUGCAAGAUGUUGGUUCUGAUGAUGUUCAUCUUUUUGUGCGCUGGUUUUAUCUUUGCUUGUGGUACAAGGAUGAUCCAAAAUCUCAGCAGAAGCUCAUAUACUAUCUUGCUAGAUUGAAAUCAAAAGCAAUAAUACGUGAUUCUGGAACUACUUCAUUGUUGACAAGGGAUUCAGUCAAGAAGAUUACUUUGGCAUUGGGACAAAAUAACUCCUUCUCCAGAGGGUUUGAUAAGAUUCUUCAUAUGCUUCUGGCAAGUUUGAGGGAGAAUUCUCCUGUAAUUAGGGCCAAGGCUCUAAGAGCGGUUAGUAUUAUUGUAGAAGCUGAUCCUGAGGUACUGUGCGAUAGACGUGUGCAAUUGGCUGUUGAGGGAAGGUUCUGUGAUUCUGCAAUAUCUGUAAGGGAAGCAGCACUGGAACUUGUGGGCAGGCACAUUGCUUCACAUCCUGAUGUUGGUUUGCAGUACUUUGAGAAGGUUGCUGAGAGAAUUAAAGAUACUGGAGUUAGUGUUCGAAAACGAGCUAUCAAAAUUAUUCGGGAUAUGUGCACUUCAAAUGGCAACUUCUCUGGAUUUACAAGUGCCUGUAUUGAGAUAAUUUCUCGUGUUAGUGAUGAUGAAUCAAGUAUUCAGGAUCUUGUUUGCAAGACAUUUUAUGAGUUCUGGUUUGAGGAACCUUCUGGUUCAGAGAGACUUGUUUUUGGAGAUGGUAGUUCUGUUCCACUGGAGGUGGCUAAAAGAACUGAGCAGAUUGUUGAAAUGUUGAGGAGGAUGCCAAAUCACCAACUUCUUGUCACUGUUAUUAAGCGCAACUUAGCUCUUGAUUUUUUCCCGCAAUCAGCUAAGGCUGCUGGGAUCAACCCCGUGUCCCUAACAUCGGUGCGCAAACGUUGUGAGUUAAUGUGCAAGUGCUUAUUGGAAAAGAUAUUGCAGGUAGAGGAAAUGAACAGUGAGGAAGUGGAGGUGCGUGCACUCCCUUAUGUGCUGGUCUUGCAUGCAUUUUGUGUUGUGGAUCCAAAACUCUGUGCCCCUGCCUCUGAUCUUUCUCAGUUUGUGGUUACCCUACAGCCAUAUCUUAAGACCCAGGUUGACAAUCGAAUGGUUGCUCAGUUACUGGAGAGUGUAAUUUUUAUAAUUGAUUCUGUUCUACCAUUGCUUCGAAAAUUACCUCAAACUGUUGUUGAAGAACUCGAGCAGGACUUGAAGCACAUGAUUGUUCGGCAUUCCUUUUUGACAGUUGUCCAUGCAUGCAUCAAGUGUCUUUGCUCUUUGGGCAAAGUUGCAGGAAAAGCUGCUAGUGUGAUUGAGUAUCUUAUUCAGGUGUUUUUUAAACGUUUGGAUACUCAGCCAGCUGAUAACAAGCAGCAAGUGGGGCGGUCCCUUUUUUGCCUUGGAUUGCUUAUACGCUAUGGAAAAUCUUUGCUGAGCGACUCCAGUAGCAGAAGUAUUGAUGUGGUCAGUAGUCUCAGCUUGUUCAAAAAAUAUCUCCGCAUGGAGGAUUUCAUUGUGAAGGUUAGAUCAUUGCAGGCAUUAGGCUUUGUUUUAAUUGCUUGGCCUGAAUAUAUGUUGGAAAAUGAUAUUGGGAAAAUACUAGAGGCAACUUUGUCUUCUGGCUGUGAUGUUCGAAUUAAGAUGCAAGCGUUGCAAAACUUAUACGAAUAUCUUCUUGAUGCGGAAAGUCAAAUGGGAACAGAUAAAGCAAGCAACAAUACAAUUCAUUGUUCUGUAGAAGGUGGCCACAGUGUACCUGUUGCUGCGGGCGCAGGAGAUACUAAUAUAUGUGGGGGUAUAGUUCAGUUGUAUUGGGAUAAUAUCUUAGGUAGAUGUCUGGACUUCAAUGAACCGGUUCGGCAAUCAGCCCUUAAGAUUGUUGAAGUUGUGCUGCGCCAGGGUCUUGUUCAUCCCAUUACUUGUGUCCCGUACCUUAUAGCCCUUGAAACAGAUCCGCAGGAAGUCAAUUCAAAGUUGGCUCAUCAUUUGUUGAUGAAUAUGAAUGAGAAGUACCCUGCAUUUUUUGAAAGCCGUUUGGGGGAUGGCCUUCAAAAGUCAUUCAUUUUUAUACAAUUGAUAAGUGGUAUUCAUGAAAAUGUAAACCAGAAAGUCCAAUACAAGGUCCCAGGAAAUGUGAAGGGGAAACCUGAUGGUGGCUCAUUUUCUCAAGCAAGGCUUGGAGUCUCUAGAAUAUACAAGCUUAUCCGUGGAAACCGAGUUUCAAGAAACAAAUUUAUGUCCUCAAUCGUGCGGAAGUUUGAUAACCCCAGCUGGAAUGAUUCUGUAGUCCAUUUCCUGAUGUACUGUGCUGAAAUACUUGCUUUGCUACCAUUCACAACACCUGAUGAGCCACUAUAUUUGAUCUAUGCUAUAAAUCGAGUAAUACAAGUCAGGGCUGGGGCACUCGAGGCAAAUAUGAAAGGCUUGAGUAUGUAUUUGUCACAAAGAUAUCUGGAGAAGAUACCUUAUGAGAAUGGACAGCAAGAGCCUGCUGUUAAGCCUGACUUCAAUGAGGUGGCUUCAAUGGAUUUGAAUGGGACAAUUCAACAUGAGCCGGCUGUUCAGCCUAUUUUCAACCAUACCGUGGAUUUGAAUGAGAGUAUACGGCAAGAGACAACUGAUCAGCCUGUCCCAAUCCAUAGCAUCUCACUGGAGGCAAAGAUACAUAGCAUGGGGUCUGAUGUUUCUAUUGUUCUUUCUGCAGAUGAUCUGCGGAAAGUUCAGGCUGACUGUCUGGCAGCUACUGCGUUGCAGCUUCUUUUGAAAGUAAAGAGGCACCUAAAAAUUGUGUAUAGCCUGAAUGAUGCCCGGUGCCAGGCUUUUUCCCCAAAUGAACCUGCAAAACCUGGUGAGGUUCUCUCCAGACAGAACAUUCCCUUCGCCAUUGGUGAAAUACGCACUAGUUUGCCUACCACUCAUCAAGAAUUGAUACAAAGAUAUCAGGAAUUCAAGAGUUCUCUGAAGGAAGAUGUGGUUGAUUAUUCGCUUUACACAGCAAAUACCAAGAGGAAGCGGCCCACCCCCAGAAAAGGACGGAAAUCCGGAUACAUGGGAGGUGAAGAUGAUGAAGAUGAUCAUGAUGAUGAGGACUGGACAGGUGGGGUUCGCAGGCUAAGUAAUAGCGGCAGAAAAGGUAACAGCAACAGGGGAAGUAGGCAGCGAUGAUAGUUGUUGUAAGUAUGUGACAGGUAGGCUAACUUGUAUAUUAAGUAGGAAAGGAAUAGAAAGAGAAUAGGAGAGAAAAGAAUAGAAAUCUGGAAACACAGCCAAAAAAGGGCAUCCAAGGGCCUGGAAUGGUACUUGGGUAGUUGGGAGCGCCUUCUCUGGCUUUUUCCAUCUUGUAAUUGGUUUGGCAUUAUAGUCUUAGCAUUCUUUUUGUUAAUGAAAUUCACUUUCUCCUACUA